UCGAAGAAUAGGAAGUGAGUGACACAGAGAGAGAGCGCAGAAACAGGGGCUUUCGUAAUAUCCACUCCCUCCCUAUCCUCUGUUUCUCUGAGAUUUUGAAAUUAGGGCUUUUGGCAAUUCGUUUUUAAUCGUUAUUCUUCUUCGUCGUCCAUGAACUCCAUGGGUUCUGAUUCAGUCUCCGUUGCGGUCCCCAGAGACCACAGCAAGAAAAACAGGACCAACAAGAAACUGAAGCAGUGCAAGCUCGAUGUUCGACGCGAGCAAUGGCUUUCUCAAGUCAAGAGCAAGGGAUGCAAGGUGGAUUCAAAUGGGAGGGGUGAGUCUCACCCAUCACACACACAAAUACCCAAUUUGCAGAGUGGAUCACUGGACAAUUUGGAAAUAAGGUCAAGAGGAGAGGAGAAUGAGGGGCAGGGCUCCAGCAUCCAUAACAGUGAGUUGGAGUCCCUGAUGAACAUCCCAAUUGGAAGCAGUUUGGAUCACAAUGACUCAAGUAAGGGUCUUAGUGGGAGCAGCAGCAGCAGUAGCACGAGCAGUGGUUGUUGCUCUGGAACUUUCAGCGAGGAAGAAGAGGAUGAUGGGUGCCUGGAUGACUGGGAGGCUGUUGCAGAUGCUUUGAAUGCAGAGGACAAUCAGCAUAACCCAAUUUCAGAGGCUCCUGACGAACCUGAAACUAGGCGUGAAUCUUGUAAUACUGGAGUAUCUGACAGUAAUCCUGGAGUGGGCUUUUUGGAUGCAGAGAGCAGCAAAGUGGUACCUGAAUCACGGGCAUGGAGACCUGAUGAUGCUUUCCGUCCUCCGACUCUGCCGACUCUCUCCAAGCAGCACAGUUGUUCAACGAAAUCAGAAUGGCAUUGUGGCCGUGGAGCCAUCACGUGGGCAUGGCAAAGCAUCAUGUCCCAACCUUCUUCAUGUCCUAUCUGCUAUGAGGAUUUAGACGUUACAGACUCCAGCUUUCUGCCAUGUUCAUGUGGAUUUCGGCUUUGCCUUUUCUGUCACAAAAGAAUUGUUGAGGCAGAUGGGCGAUGCCCAGGCUGCAGAAAGCAGUAUGAUCAUAUAAAUGUUGAUAUGUGCUUCAGUGAAGGGGUCACUCCUUUCCGAGUUCCUUGUUCUCGCAGCAUGAGUACUAGGUCUUAGAAAGGUGGUUUCUGCUCUUUGAAAUAUCAUGUAUAUGCUCUCUCUCUCUCUCAUGUGGUAGUCAUGUUCUUCUGAUUCUAGAACUUCAGUUUCCAUUGAGGAAGAGAGUAUAUUGAUAGGGUUUCAAAACAUUCCAACUUUCCAAGUACUGAACUGGACUUUAUGUAGUCACUCUUACCCGAGUGCUGUUCUGCGCAUGUAGAUGUCAGAAAUAUAAGCGCUUACGUUAAAUACAUGGGGUGGUAUAGACUUUGACUUGAGAAUAUAAAACGAAGUACAGUUGUUUUGCCCCA